AAGAGGUCCAAGAGUCAAAUUUCCACCAUUUCCCCUACGACCAUUCAGACAAGCCCAAAGACCCCGCUAAAUCACUUGGUUUGACUCGGUUGCGGGCCAAAAUAUGAGUAGCAUCGACAAGAGCCGCAACAUCCACCACUAGACAAAGUCUAACAGCCAUGUCGCUUCAGCCUGGUCAGGUCUAGGAGGGCAUAGCCUCCCUCAUAAGAAGACAAGUUCGCCUUGUCUGUUGCUUUGAGUUUUCUUCUUUCUGAUCGUCUGAUUGUCCAUCGCUCAUUUCCCGAUCGUAUAUAGAUCGUCCAUUCUUUUGCAGCCAUAUUACCACAGACCACAGUCUACUCUAUAAACACUAUCUUACAGUCCUUCCUUCAGUACCUAAUAAAAUGCGUCUCUCAAUUGCUUCUGUCGUCUCCUGCCUGGCGGCUCUCGCCAUGGCCGCUACCAAGCCCGACUACACCCAGGACCCCACGGGAAAUGCCAUCCUCAAACCCGGUCUGAACGAAUUGGUGCCUGCUGGAAAGCCAUACACAGUCGAAUGGGAUCCCACUACCACAGGACCGGUCUCACUGGUGCUCCUGCGCGGUCCCAGCACCAAUGUUGUUCCUAUCGAGACCCUGGCCGACAGCAUCCCCAACUCCGGCAGCUUUUCAUGGACUCCCAGCACCUCCCUCGAGCCCGACACCACCCACUACGGUCUCAUGCUGGUUGUCGAAGGCACCGGCCAGUACCAGUACUCGACGCAGUUUGGUAUCUCGAACCCGGACUACACUGGCUCGACUUCCAACUCGUCUUCGACCGCCACUUCCGCCACCGAGACCAAGUCUUCUUCCGCAACGGAGUCUUCUUCUUCUAAGCCCUCGACCACUGGCACGCCCGAGACUACUACUACUACUACUACUACUACCGCGACUUCUGGUUCGGCCAGUGCGGACACCACCACCGCCACCACGGAGACCUCCGCGACUACCCUCGUCACCCAGACAUUCGCCGUGAUGGCUUUUUAGGUGAUGGGACGACAGCGCGAGUUGUGCUAUGUAUCUAGCGUAAUAGCUAAUGACUUUUUCUGAAUAUAUAUAUACCCCUGGAUAUGAAAUACAGUGUACUCUUCUAUGGUCGACCGUGCUCUUUUAUCGUGGGUGGCUGCUGUGACGUCACCACUAGAAAUCUUAUCUUCCACAUCCCAUUCUUCAUUUC